AUGAACGCGUUACCGAUCCGGCGGCCUCUCGGCUGCCUCAAGACGAUCCUCCGUCAAACGCGUUAUCACCGCCAAAUCCAACGCACCUUCGCAACCGAGACCUCUUCCUCAGAACCCCCGACGUCGACGCCAUCCACCACGACAUCCCAAUUCCGUCUCCACAAGCCGAAAACCCACAAACCCACCCCCUUCGCCGUCUAUGCCCCCCCCUCCCAUCCCGCCCCAACGACCCCCAAAGACCCCAUGCCCCCCUUCCACGCCGCCUCCAUCGCGACCCUCGACCCCACCGGCGCCCGAACGGCCCUCUUCUCCAAAUCCCGCCCGGACCGCGCCAAGGUCGGCGACGUGCUCAUGGUGACGACCCACCGCGGCGAGCCCUUCGCCGGCGCGCUGAUGCAAAUCCGCCGCAGAGGGGUCGACACGGCCAUCCAGCUCCGGGGCAACCUCAUGAAGACGGGCGUCGAGAUGUGGUUCAAGAUUUACUCGCCCGCCGUCAUGGGUAUCGAUAUCAUCUGGAGGAGGCCCAAGCGCGCGAGGAGGGCUAGGUUGACGUAUUUGCGGAAGAAGAAGCAUGAUAUGGGGAGUGUGGAUCAUCUUGUUUGGGCGUGGAAGAGGGAGAGGAGUCAGUUGCGGUCGUCGAAUAAGGGGAAGCAUUUGGGGACUGUGUUUGAGAGCUCGUAG